UAGGCGGCUAGACAAAUUACCCACAGUUCACCGCGCGUGGCGGUCUCUUCGUUUCAGAGCAACCGCAAACAAAAUGGCACAGAGCUACAAAAGGUCCACGCUGGGAGGUGGUCAGAGGAAGAAGCUGGGUCCCAAACCUGAGCUGACGGAGGAACAGAAACAGGAGAUCAGGGAGGCCUUCGACCUGUUUGAUGCAGACGGAUCCGGGACCAUUGAUGUCAAGGAACUUAAGGUUGCCAUGAGAGCACUUGGAUUUGAGCCAAAGAAGGAGGAAAUAAAGAAGAUGAUUUCAGACAUCGAUAAGGAUGGCUCAGGUACCAUUGACUUCAAUGACUUCCUCACAAUGAUGACCCAGAAAAUGAGUGAAAAAGACUCGAAGGAGGAGAUCCUGAAAGCCUUCCGUCUCUUUGACGAUGACGAGACGGGCAAAAUCUCCUUCAAGAACCUGAAGAGAGUGGCCAAGGAGCUAGGAGAGAACCUAACGGAUGAAGAGCUUCAGGAAAUGAUUGACGAAGCAGACAGGGAUGGUGAUGGGGAAAUCAACGAGGAGGAAUUCUUACGCAUCAUGAAGAAAACAAGCCUGUACUAGCCAACAUGAACUUCAGAUGUAAUUCCAAAAACCAACAAUGAACUUCCCUUCCUUUACUGAUUUUGCUGUUACGGCAUCUUAAGUCCAUGAAUAGAGUUGAGUACACAAACACUUAAGGAAGUUAGCAGUUUUUCUGUGGGUGAUGUUUACUAAAAGUUAUGAAUCAGAUUCUGAAUUAAUUUGUUAGUUUUGAGUUGUAUAUGAGAAUAGCUGUUUGAGAGCUAGAUCUGCUUAAAUGUGUACAUGAACUCCUUUUUUUUUUUCAAUUUUUUUAGGUAGUGCUGGCUGACAAAUAUAUAUAUAUGUGUAUAUGCUGGUUUGCUAUCAUGGUGAAAUAUAAAACUUUUGUAAAUUGCGAAAUAGUUGAAAAAUGUGCCAUUGGUCACCAUUGCAGGAAUAGAGCUGUGU